AUGGCUAAGUUUAUCUCGCACCUCACCGGACUAAUUUCAAGACUAGAUGGAGAUCUCGCCUCGAAGCUGACUGAUGCUGCAUCGCAACUUCAGCGAGACAUCGAAACUGUCAGACAGUCGAAAACGGAGGAAACAAAGGAACAAGGUGCAAUUACUAAAAAGGAAACGAAGCAGUACAGGGACGGUUUGGUAGAUGGAAAUCUACUCAGGCCUACCGUUUUCCGAAACAACAUCAUUCUCAUUUUUGAAGGACCCAGAGCCUCUUCGCAGGAUCGACGAGAUGUAGCGGCCAACAAGGAAAUCACGAAGGAGAGAUGUGCAAUUCUUCAAAGUCUGAGCACGGACGGGAUAUUACUAUGGGCAGCCUCAUAUCCUUCGACAAAGUGGGCUGGAGGGAAGAUGAGUUCGGGUGUGUUUAACUAUCUCAUCGAGGAUAUUGAGCCCAGCGAGCCCCCGAGAUACCCAGGUGCCGUUCUGGAAAUAUUGGCAAAAUUGAAGGACGGUUCACCCGGAAAUGCGGGCUAUGCGCGCGUUCUUCAAGGUGAUAAUGAUGGCAACAUUGCAAGAGACUAG